AUGGCAGAAAAGUGGAUGUUAUUUGUGCACGGAAGCAAAUCGUCGCCGCAGUCUCCACGCAUUGGCAAAUCAGACAACAACAUCAACUUGUAUUCCACCGUCAGAAGCUUAACUCGUCUCUCUGAAGUCGAAGUCAUCUUCGGCAGAAUGCCUGAUGCUCUGGGCUCUGAGCAGCUCCGCACGAUUUUACGAGGCAUGAUAAACUCGGACGGAGGGGACUGGUUAGAAUGUAGUUUCAGCAGACCAUGUGGUCUUUAA